AUGGGCGCCCUCCCCAAUGAGGAAGAAUGCGGACAUCGAGGUCUCUGUGAACAUUCUCUAAAAUGUUUAAGCUCGAGAAUCACGGAGCGGAAGCUGCAGGGCACCUGGCUGCCUGCUGGCCGAGGGAGCCUGGAGAAACCAUCCCUGGGUUCAUGCAGCUCUGCGGUGCCUGCGUUCAGCUCCCAGAGUGGCCUUCACCCCGUCCACGCUGAGAACAGCCAGCUGAAGCCCAGGGUCGUGACCGUGGUCAAGGUGGGCGGCCACCCCCUCCGCAAGAUCACCCUGCUCCUCAACAGGCGGUCCGUGCAGACCUUUGAGCAGCUCUUGGCCGACGUCUCAGAGGCCCUGGGCUUUCCCAGGUGGAAGAGUGACCGCGUGAGGAAGCUGUUCAACCUCAAAGGCCGGGAAAUCAGGAGCGUGUCUGAUUUCUUCAGGGAAGGAGAUGCUUUCAUAGCGGUGGGCAAAGAGCCACUGACGCUGAAGAACAUCCAGGUGGCUAUGGAGGAACUCUACCCCAGCAAAGCCUGGGCCCUGACCUUGACCCAGCAGCACAGCCGGAUCCCCUCUCCAAGGCUGAGAAGCAGACUUCACAGCAAGGCUGUGAAAGGGAGUCCCCCCGGUGGGGAGACUGAGACCACCAAGAGUAGCGGCGAGGCUGCCAGGUCCCCGGCGGCCAUCAGACCCCAGGGGCAGACCCCCGGGGAGGACAGGGCCAGGACCCCGAAGAAGUGGGGCAGGGGGAAGUGGGAGCCCGAAUCUGGCAGCAAGGCGCCCAAGGAUGCCGCCCUGGAGAGGCGUGCCAGUGGGGAGAAGCACCUGGCAGUGGAGAUCGAAAAGACGUCGGGGGAACUGAUCAGGUGUGAAAAGUGUAAGCGGGAGAGAGAGCUCCAGAGAGAGCAGGGCCUGCAGAGGGAGCGACUGUCGCUGGGCACCAGUGAGCUGGACCUGGGCAGGUGCCCCCGCUACGACGUGGAGAGGCUGGUGAGGACCAGGAGCUGCCGGAGGUCCCCGGAGGAGAAGCCCCAGGGUGGGGAGGAAGGCUGGAAGGAGGGUCCCCGGAGCAGUCCUGGGCACCCCCCGCAGGAACCGAGGAGACCCAGCAAAAGCGUCGACAAGAAAGAGGACAGAGACCCCGGAGGCCAGGAGGGUCACCCCCCUGCUGCAGCUAAGGCCAAGAGGGACGUUUUCGUUGGGGAAGCGCAGCCCCGCCGAGAGGAGAAAGGUGGCAGGAGCGCAGGCAGGAGCAAGCCCGGAGGCUGGCUCCGGAGGGAGCAUCACGCCGACCUGGAUCCGGAGAAGCUCCGCCGUACCCGAGGGGACGAGCAGGAGGCGGAGACGGAGAAGAAGCCCGGGGUGUCCGGAGCGAGGAGGAUGAUGGUUCCCCGCGAUGAGCCGCCAGCCAGAAUCGAAAAGGAGCCCAAGACCAGGCCGGAAGAGAGCAAGGCGGAGCGGCCGGGCCGGAGGCGGCGGCCCGCGGGCAUCCUGGCGGCCGACGUGCGGAAGCACUACGAGCCGGGCCGGGUGAUCGGCGACGGGAACUUCGCGGUGGUGAAGGAGUGCAGGCACCGCGGCACCCGGCAGGCCUACGCCAUGAAGAUCAUCGACAAGGCCAAGCUCAAGGGGAAGGAGGACAUGGUGGACAGCGAGAUCCUCAUCAUCCAGAGCCUCUCUCACCCCAACAUCGUGAAACUGCACGAAGUGUACGAGACGGACGCCGAGAUCUACCUGAUCAUGGAGUACGUGCAGGGAGGGGACCUGUUCGACGCCAUCAUCGAAAGCGUGAAGUUCCCCGAGCGCGAGGCCGCCCUCAUGCUCACGGACUUGUGCAAGGCGCUGGUGCACCUGCAUGACAAGAGGAUCGUCCACCGGGACCUCAAGCCGGAGAAUCUGCUGGUUCAGCGAAAUGAGGACAAAUCUACCACCUUGAAACUGGCUGAUUUUGGUCUUGCAAAGCAUGUGGUGAGGCCUAUAUUUACUGUGUGUGGGACUCCAACUUAUGUAGCUCCUGAAAUCCUCUCUGAGAAAGCUGCCAAAGAUCUGGUGAGCCGGUUGCUGGUGGUAGACCCCAAAAAGCGCUACACGGCCCACCAGGUCCUUCAGCAUCCCUGGCUUGAAGCUGCCGGAAAGACCAGCAGGGCAAACCUACAGAAGGAGGUGCCCCCCAGCAGCGAGGACCACUUCCGGAGCUAGCACACGUGGGCUACAGAGCAGACGUCACAGUCACAACCUCAGCAUCCACCCAGUCCUCCGUGGUCCUGCUUGGGGACAGAGAAGAAGAUAGACAUCGAGGAGAAAAACAAUGAAAAAAGCCUUCUUCACAUAAUUGGAGAAUCAAGCGAAGGAGUGAAGACCCUCAGUAUAUUUUAAAGCAUAUUUAAAAAGAUAAAUUUGAGUCUUAAUGUUAAAUGUUGUAACAUAUGUUUAGGUUUUUAGAUUAGAAGUCUUUAAUACAUUGUGGGAGGUGGGGUGGGGAGACUUAUUCUCAGUGAGGAAUUUUUUGGUAAUAAUGAUUUGUGUUUUGCUUCUUCCUUAUAAUCAAGUUCGUGGUAUAUAUUACACGAGUGGUGCUUACCAGGGUUUAAACUCCCCCCGUGAAAUUAAUCAUCUGAAUCGUAGUCCUUCCUCAUUAAUAAAAUGUGCUCUGGAUAAC